CAGUUUUGCUGCACAAGCUUCAUAAUGGCUGAUGGUCAAUUGAUGGAGAGGCCCAUUGAGCUUGAGGAGAUCCAUGUCUUGAAAGCUGAAUUGCAGGAGCUUCGAAAGGACUGCGGUCAGUUGGACGCAGAGCUGAGGAGCAGCAAACGAAGUCUGAAUUCUGCAAAGGUUCGACAUGGAGAGUUGAAGAAGAAGGUUCAACUCCGAGAAGCUGAGAACAAUCAGAUUUCAGAGAAGCUUGGGAGUGCAGAGAAGGAGUUUAUGGAACUCCAGCAAUGGCGACAGAAGGCCAAACAGCAGGUGCAACAAGUCAAAGAUUUGCAGGAAGGCAUUGAGAAGGAACAGCAGGACAGCGAUGCACACAUUGCAGAGCUCAGGGAAGUCGUGGAGCGGAAGGGUAGACCAAAGACAGCCAAGGCGCUGGAAGCAGAGGAGGCUCAUGGCCGUCGAGAAGCCUUGGAUGACCAUUGUGGACGGUUACAGAUUCUGCGGGACUACAUCAAGGGUGCCCUGCCUCAAAUGGACCCAGAUGAGCUGCACGAACUUUUAAAGAGCCGAGAGCCUGAAGAGGAUGAUUGGAAACCUCAAGAUCCGGAGUCACUGGAUGCAUCGGCAGAUCGGAUUAUUGCAGAGCUGCAGAAGCAGCACGACAAGUUUAUCAAAGAGUUGGUCGACAAGUUCAAUAGUAUUAUCGAUAAAAAGAACAACAACUUGAAGAGGAUCAACAAAGGCUUGUUCAUUUCGAGCCUUCUCCGACCUGAGAAAUGCGCCCUCUCCGAGCAUGCGACGAUCCGAGAGAUCUUGGAUGAUGCUGCGGCGCUGUGUCGAGUUCGUUGUGCGCAGAAUGCCCGCUUUCCCAAGGAGACCAUCAGGAUGGGAGGAUCUGGCGAGUCGGAAGGUUCAGAAGAUCAAUGAUUGAGACAAAGGUCUCUGUCAAUCUGAGCCGCCGCGUGCGGUCCAUGUUUCACCUAGAAUCACGGGAGCGAAGUCAAAGAA